AUGGAAAGAGAGGACCGUGAGAGAGGCACAGAGCAAGAACAACCCAGAGUCUGGCAGCGGCCUAACCAUGCGCCUGUGCACACGAAGGAAGACGAAGACGAUUAUCUGGGCUUUAUGAAAAAAGAACACCUGAUAAUGAUAUCAGUGGCCGUCGGAUUGGUCGUUCUGCUCAUUGUCAUUACUGUCCCCGCUGUGUUGCUCACAGAGUCAGAUUCCUCAAGUCUCCAAUCGUUUCCUACUGAUGGAGAUAUGCUGGAGUUCCUGGUGCAGUCAGGUGAAAUCAGCUCGCGUGACGGUCUAUUGGCUACCUGGUAUCACAGAGCCAACAAAAAGGAGGAAAUGGACAAAGCUCUCCAAAGUGAUGUCAUGAUCUUGGAGGCUGAUAUCACUCUGGAGGGUUAUGGAACAAAAAAUCAGACGCCAAUCCCUAUCAUGGCCCACCCUCCUGCUAUCUAUAGUGACAACACUCUGGACCAAUGGUUGGAUGCAGUGCUGUCUUCUAGAAAAGGUAUUAAGUUGGAUUUUAAGAAUCUGGCAUCGGUGGGUUUGUCAUUGGACGUGCUAAGUCAAAAGAACAUUACCAGAGGAAUAAACAGGCCUGUCUGGAUUAAUGCAGACAUCUUCAGAGGUCCCAAUACACCAUCCUUCAUGCCUAUAAUCAAUGGAACCGGAUUUCUGCAAGUGAUUCAGGAGAAGUUUCCAGAUGUGACUUUGUCUCCUGGAUGGAUGGUGUCCUAUGGUCCUCCAAUUUUCAUUGAAACCUACACCAGGACCAUGAUGGAGGACAUGUAUAAUAUGAUCAAAGAUGUCCCCCAAAGGGUGACAUUCCCAAUCCAUGCCCUGCUGGCUCGCAGGGGCUGGCAGCACAUCAGCUGGCUCCUCAGCCAGUCUCCACGCUCCACUCUGACGUUGUGGCAGGGUUCAAUUCACCCAAACAUCAGCGACCUGCUGUUCAUCCGUGACAACACCCACCCUGCCAGAGUCUACUACGAUAUAUAUGAACCAACACUGUCAGAAUUUAAAGAGCUUGCAGGACAGCCACGGCGUCUGAGGAGAUUUUAUCCUGGAGGAGACCUGAUGGACUUCAUCUAUCACACCCACCACUCACACACUAACCCUCCAUCUGCAGUCCCACAGCACAACAUCCUGGAAGUCCGUUGGUUUACUGUCACUGAUCAGGCCUCUCUGCUGGCUAAACUUUCAGAUGGUGCUGGUGGUAUGUUGGUGGUUCGGGUGGGAUCUGACACCAGCCGACCUGGAUUCCCUGUGGUGGAAGGUUCAAGGAAAGGCUCAGAGCUCCUCACACUGCAGGACGUCCUGCAGCUGCUUGAGCAGUCACCUGAAGCUCCCUGGGGUGUUUACCUGCGGGUCCAGUCUCAGCAGCUUCUGGAAGCUUCUCUCCAACUUCUGCACGCAGCGUACAACAGAGAGGAGCUCUACAGGCCGGUCUGGAUCAGCAUGGAGGGUUUACAGAGCGCUGACAACACAAAUAGGUUUGUGUCCACAGUUGAGGAGUUGUUCCCUUACGUCACAAUCGUCCUGACAGAGCAGAGCUGGCCUCCUCUGGUCCCGCUGACAGUGUCGGGCUUGUCCCAGAGGGUGGCUCUACAUCUGAGCGCAGUCUCACUGCCGAAAAAAGAGCAGGAGAGUCACUCUCUGAUGGAAAUGAUGGACAGAUAUGACAUCAUAGUGGAGGAGGACAUGAGGGGCAUUGCUGAAGCUCUGACACGGUUGAAAGUUCUUAUGAGGCGGAAUGAAAUAGAAAAAACAAAGAUGUAUGUGAUGACUAACGAAUCAUAGCCGAGGAGUAAUACAUACAUACAACAUA